AUCUGUGAAUAUGUUAACAAUUAUCUGGAAAUUUAUAAGAGUUCUGCAACUGUUCACUGAAGUCUCUAUGAUGUUGCUUAAGAGCUCAUGUCCCAUAUAUGUGAUAUCAUUUUUACAUGUUCUUUCAGUAAGGAUAACCUUAUGGAUGAAUUCUAAAUGACUAAACCUCUGUGUAUGUGGUGUGAGUGUGUGUGUGUGUGCAUGUGUGUUUGUGUUUAGCAUAUAGUUAGCCCAGAAUAAGUUCCCAUUUAAUGUGAGCUACCACCUUUAAAGUUAUACAAAUAAAUGAAUGGACAAAUAUGUAGAAAAGUAGAUCUGUUAAGGAUGAUAUAAUCUCGUUUGGAUGGCUCAUUGGCAUUAGAAAGUAAAGAGUUAUGUUCUUUAUGACUUAAGUGAUAUUUCACUGUGAUACCUAAUACCCUAUCUUUCAAACCAAUAUACCAAAUAAAGAUGAAAGUAAUAUUAAAGAUAAGCUUUUAUAGAGGAAAAAAGUCUGUGAAAGUGGAUUCUUGGAAAUAGAGCUUUUGCUUCAAUGGAAUCAUACUUUCCCUUGAUUUGUUUUCUUCGGUAACAGGUUUUCACCUAUCAGUCAGGACAAUGGAUGUGGCCAACAAGUCUACAGUUUGUGAAUUUGUUUUGCUAGGACUCUCUAAUUCCUGGAAACUACAGAUGUUUUUCUUCGUGGUGUUUUCAGUGUUUUAUGUGGCUACAAUGGUGGGUAAUAGCCUCAUAAUCAUCACAGUUAUAGCUGACUCUCACCUACACUCUCCUAUGUAUUUCCUGCUUGCCAACCUUUCCAUCAUUGAUAUGUCUCUUGCUUCAUUUGCUGCCCCUAAGAUGAUUACAGACUACCUCACUGGACACAGAAACAUCUCCUUUGAUGGCUGCAUCAUCCAGAUAUUUUUUCUACACCUUUUUACCAGUACUGAGAUUAUUUUGCUUAUGGCUAUGUCUUUUGAUCGGUAUACAGCAAUAUGUAAGCCUCUCCGCUAUGCUUCAAUUAUAAGUCCCCAGGUGUGUGUUGCUCUUGUGAUGGUUUCCUGGGUUGUCGGGGUCAUGCAUUCAAUGAGCCAGGUUAUAUUUGCUCUCACGUUACCAUUCUGUGGUCCUAAUGAAGUAUAUAGCUUUUUGUGUGACCUUCCUGUGGUGUUCCAGCUGGCAUGUGUGGAUACUUAUGUACUGGGCCUCUUUAUGAUCUCAGCUAGUGGCAUAAUUGCCUUGUCCUGCUUUAUUCUUUUAUUCAAUUCUUAUGCGAUUGUCCUGGUUACUAUCAAGAAACAUUCUUCAAAAGGAUCAUCUAAGGUCCUUUCUACUUGCACAGCUCAUUUCAUUGUUGUUUUCAUGUUCUUUGGGCCCUGCAUCUUCAUCUACAUGUGGUCACUAAGCAGUUUUCUGAUAGACAAGGUCCUGUCUGUGUUUUAUACCAUCUUUACUCCCAUUCUAAACCCAGUAACCUAUACUUUGAGAAAUCAGGAAGUGAAGACAGCUAUGAGGAAACUGAAGAAUAAGCUUCUGAAUUCUAACAAGACAAUGCCUUUGCAUUAUUUUUAGUUUUAACUUCUAGUUUUAUUCCUGGGCAUUAAAGUGUCACAAUGUUUGUAUACACAGCCUGUGUUAAGCUCUUAUUUCUGUGGUUCCUAAUUGCAAUUGUCAAAAUUUGUGAAAGCACAAGAUAAAUUCAUGUUAAAACUAUUCUCAUACAUAUAUUUUAAAUUUUAGAAAAGCAAGUUGGCAGAAGGAGUUUCACCAAGAAAUAAAGAAGAAGAUCUAUAAAAAUGCCAAGAUUGAUUGUCUCAGGAGAUUCAAUACUAACAUUCUAUUUAUUGGAAAAGAGGAAAAGAAAAUAAGAAGAGAAAGUAGAUAUCAAAAAAAGAACUAGGGGAUUCUCAUGUGGUG